GAAACAGUGAGUGUCCGCCAGUAGCACUACAGGAGUGGAGUGAAGUGGUUGGAGUGUGGCUGUGUACAGUAAAUGUUUGUGAAUGACCAUGGCUUGCUGAUGAGGACGUACUUGAAACCCCACAUCGUAUAAUAUUAGCUUCCACAAUCUACUGCAGUGUCAGUAAUUGUGGAUUUAAGGUGAAUGUGAAUAAAAAUUAGUGAUAGUGUAUCUGGUGCUUAGUUGUGAUUACAUCGCCUGGAAGUGUGACCUACUUCGUUUAGAGCAGCUUUGGAAAGUAAAACCGCUGUAUAUACUACAUUAAAAGAUACUACAAAAUGAGGGGAGACAACUGUAUCCGUGUCGGAUCAAGGAAGAGUGAGCUGGCCCUCAUUCAGACAAGAUAUGUUGUAUCGUGCCUAAAGGAGAGGUACCCAGAAAAGAAGUUCGAAAUCAUCACUAUGAGCACAACUGGCGAUAAAAUAUUAGACAAACCUUUAACAAAAAUAGGAGAAAAAAGUUUAUUUACGAAGGAGUUGGAAACAGCUUUAGCGGAUGAAUUGGUAGAUUUUGUUGUUCACUCCUUGAAAGAUCUUCCAACAACUCUGCCAUAUGGAAUGUGUAUAGGUGCGGUCUUAAGUCGAGAAGAUCCGAGGGAUGCAGUAGUUAUGCACGAAAAGCACAGUAAUAAGACGUUAUCAACAUUGCCAGAAGGAAGCGUUAUAGGGACUAGCUCACUGAGGCGGAAGGCUCAGUUAAACAGGAAGUAUCCACACUUGAAAGUCAUAGAUAUAAGGGGAAACCUAAAUACAAGACUGGCAAAACUUGACAAAGGUGACACAUUUGAUGCCAUUGUGCUUGCUGCUGCUGGUAUAAAAAGGAUGGACUGGGAGAAGAGGAUCAGUGAGAUGCUAGAUGCAAAUGAACUCAUGUACGCUGUGGGCCAAGGUGCCCUAGCAGUGGAGUGCCGUGAGGAUGACCUUGAGGUACUUUCAUUAUUGGAACCACUGCAUCAUGGUGCCACAGCCCUGAGGGCACUCUCAGAGCGAGCAUUCCUGCGUACAUUAGAAGGUGGUUGCUCCGCUCCUGUAGCUGUAGUAUCUUCUUACACAGAUGGCACACCAAGAGCCACACUGUCGUUAACUGGUGCCGUCUGGAGCCUGGAUGGUUCACAAACGUUGAAGAGAGGAGCCGUAUGCCACGUACGGUAUCAUGAAGAAGAUGAUGAUGGUGAGCCUCCCAGCAAAUGCCCAUACCGAAUGCCAAAACUGUUUUGUAGCAUGGCACCAGCAUCUCUCUCAUAUAUGGACCUUGAAGAAGCAGAGAAGCUUGGAGAAGAUUUGGCAAUGAGCAUGAUUAAAGGUGGAGCCCUCACCAUUAUGGCUGAAGCUAAGAAGAAAAAUGAAACAACACCAAGUUGAUACUAUUUAUAUAAGUAGUCAGCUGUUGUUAAAUUAUUUUUCUGCUGUAAAGUUGUGUAUGUGCACAAUGCCCUCUCAUUUGUGGAACAUCAGUUGUUUCGCUGAAACACAAAACUACGGAGUGAUUGUUGUGUUAACUGCAGUUAAGUGCAUUUAUGCUUGAGGAAAGCGUUCUUUGACCCUGGAUGGAUGUAAUGCAGUGUUCAUUUGAUGCAGUUGAACACAGUAUUGAGUACAAGUAUUUUGUUUCAAGAUCCAACAUUAUUGCAUUGGUGUGUAUAGUGUAAGUUUGUUCAUACCAUGUGGCACUUUCACAUCCUGUAUUCAGUGUCAUGCUCAGUCAGAAUCAAGAGAUGUAAAAACCAUAGUUAAAUCAUAAUGACAAUGGUGCUACUGUUCUGCGAUUUGAAAAUUUGUGAUUUAUACUAGUUCUGAUGACAGACCAGCUGCUGCUUGAUAUUCAUAGCUGCUACAGAAAUUAUCAAUUUGUAAUUUUAAAAUUGUCAGGCCUUUUUUACAAUGGAGGGAUGUGACAGAAGGUGCUGAACUCUGAUACCAGGAUCAAGUGCUACAUACUAUCAUUGGACAGAGAGUAGGAGUGGAAAGGGAGAGCGCAUGUAUUUUCUUCUGACAUAAGUUGUCCUUGAAAUAUGCCUUUUAAGAAGAGAGCCUGCUCAAGCUGUGAACAUUUGUAACUGUCAAAACUAAAUGUUAAUAAGGCAUGUUUUUUUUCUGUAUUAGCUGUAAACACAGAUAUGCAUUCCAUUGUAUCCAGCUACAGCUAUCUUCAAUAUGAAACAUAUUUAAGAGUCCCUAAUGUCAGUAUUUAUAAUGAAUUGUAAUUCAAAGCUGCCUUGUUGUAAUCAGUGAAAUGCAGAAUGGUUUUUUGUGAUUUUGGAGAGCAGACAAAGUCUCUGGGCUGUACUUCAUGUCCAAUACCUGUUGCAGCUAAAGUCUCACACCAUGGAGCGGACAUCAUAGAGAUCAUUCUUUACUUAUUUUUUGCAUGGUAAAGUUACCAUUAUUAAGUGAUGCAUUGUGGCCAGUCAGGAAAUAAUGCUGUUAUUUGAGACAGGGGUAGACACCUAGAGAAAAAAUUCCUUGCUGCAGGAUCUAAGUGUUAACUUCAGGAGUAGGUUUACAUUUGCACAUAUGUUGGUAAUGUCUGUUAAAUAAAUGUGAUGUGGACAACAGAUACAUACUCAGGCGUAAAAAGCAGCUCUGCAGCAGAGAGAUGCUUAACUUCUCAACAUUGUUCCUUAUUAGACUGAAUGGUUUUGUAGUUGCUUGGUUCUAAGUAUUUAAUUUCAGUGUUGUAAUAUAGUUGUGAUGUGCAUUUGCAUCUGGAUGAUCUCGUGUGCACAAAACAAAUGCUGAACGCGCGCGUGUGUGUGUGUGUGUGUGUGUGUGUGUGUGUGUGUGUGUGUGUGUUUUCCUUUGUUGUAUGUUAAGACAUUUAUUUUUAUAAAACUGUAAAUAAACUUUUAUAUUUAUGGAGUUAUAAAUUGUGUGAUGUUUCAUUUUCAUUAUGAGAAGUGUGCCUCCAGUAAUAAUGAAUGAAAUAGAAAAUGAAUGACUUGCUAUUUGUGUAAAGCCUGACCCUGUCAAAAGAUUUGUAAAUGGUUGAAAUUAUGUAUAUUU